UCUCUCAUAAUUAAAACUAACCCCGUAAGUAAUGGCGGAAAUUUGGAAAGUGUCCGUUACAACUUGGUAGCAAUGAUGCGCUACAUAAGUGAUUUAUUCGAAGGGGGUCCUACAGAUACCCCGACCAAAUUUUUAAUUAUUUAAAUUGUUCCCAUGAGCACUGAUUUACCAUGGAAGUCAGUGAUAGUCAGUCAGACAAGAUGAGAGAAGGGGAAUGUCUAGACCUGGAGGACUCUCCUGAGCAGGUCUCCCUAACAGUCAAUUCCCCCAAUGUCAGUGGUCACCUUACCCCUAUGCGAACGAACACUAUGAAAGAGUGUGAACAGUUGAUAGAAGAAUUGAGAAAAGAAAACUUUAGUCUGAAAUUAAGAAUAUAUUUCCUUGAAGAUCGGUGCAGACAAAAAUUUGGCAGUGAUGAUACUUUUAAAAUGAACAUAGAAUUAAAUGUACAAGUAGAAAGUUUAAAGAAUGACGUUUUGGAAAAACAAGAAUUACUGAAAAAAGCAUACCUUGCUCUUGAGAGUCUUUCAAACUCCCACCAACAAGACUUAAAGAAAGCAAUAGAGAGUAAAGAAAAAGAAUGGACCAAAGAUAAAGAGAAUUUACUGAUACAGCUGCAAGAUACAGAGAAGGAACUAGCACUAGCUAAGCAAAAACUUGAAGAUGCAGAUGUAACUGUUGCUCGGUUACAAUCUGAUUUUCAUAACCAAGCAGCGAAACUAAAGGAGACAGCUGAAGUUAAUCAAAAACACAUGAAUGACGGUUUGAAUAAAGACUCAGACCUCCAAGAUCUCCAAAAAAUGGUGGACCAAUUAGGAAGUGAACUUGAAUCCAAACAUCGCUUAGAAGAUAACUACAUUGAAAAAAUAAAGAAGUUAGAAAAGACUCUGGGAAGGAGAGAAAGAGACUUUGAAAAAUUGUCACAGGUCUUGGAAGCUACUAAACAGAUUAAAAGUGACGAUGUUCUGUUAAAAAGUCAUUACCAGGAUCUGAUAGAUGACAAACAAGAAAACAUCAAGAAGAUGGAGUCAGAGAUUGAGCAGCUAAAUACAUCUGUGAAUGAAAAAGGAGACUCUGUAGCUCUCCUAGAACAACAAUUGAAGAAAGUAGAAAGUGAAUUAGAGACUGAAAAAACUAAUGGCCUCAAAAAGAACAAGUUAAUUAAAGGCCUUACCCAGAAUCUGCAAGAAAAACGAAAUGAGAUACAAGAACUGCAGAAACAUAUUCUCAAAGACAAAGAAGAUCUGAACAAAACUCGACAGGAAUUAUAUGAAGUUAGUCUGCAGAAACACAAAGACAUUGAAAAACAACACAGUACCAUGUUUUCAAAAGAUGAGCUUAUUGAAAAGUUACAAAGACAUGUGCGCGAAAAGGAGCUAAACAAUCAGAAUUUGGUUGAUUCCAUUGAGAAAAAAGAACAGGAACUCAGUUCAUUCCGAGAUAUGCUUACAAAGACACGAGAUGCUUUGAAACAAAGUGAAGAUGCGGUGCAGCAACUCCAAGAUCAACUGCUUCGUGAGAAAAGAGAAGCUAAAGAGAAAUUAGACCAACAAAUGGAUCAAUAUCAGUUAAUGAUUGAAGAUUUAGAACACCAGUCACAUAGUAAAGACAUGUUAAUCCAGCAGUUAUCAGAUAACUUAAAGGAGAAGGAUAAACAACUCCACCAAUACCUGCAGCUGUUACGCAAUAAUAAUGAUGAGAUGAAAAGUGGAGUUAUUGAAAGCCUUGAGGAGAGGUUAAAAGAAAAAGAAGAAUCUCUACAGAAAACCCUGUCGGAUCAAAUUCAUCUUGAGGAAGAAUUUAACAUGGAAAUUCAACAGCUGCGUCUAGCUCUGCGAGAAAGAGACAGCAACUUGGAAAAAGCCAAUCACAUGUUACUGAGUGCACAAGAAACUAUUGAUAUGAUUGGAAAACAAAGUAAAAUGAAGGAUUUGAAUAUCAACAAACUUUCAGCUGCCCUCAAAGCUGCUCAAAAUGUUCACAAAGAGCAGACUGAGAACCAUUCCCGAAUAAUGGAGGAGAAAGAUGACUUAAUACAACACCUUCAGAAUGCUAUCACAGCUAAAAACAAUGCUUUAGAGGAGUCCUUACGUUUGCAUGUAUCAGAUUCAGAAAACAAAGUUGUUGAACUGGAAAAGCGGAUGUUAGCCAAAGAUCAACUUUUACAGGAACUGAUGGAGGAGAAGAAAAAGUCAGCUCUUGGUAAUGAAAAGUCUUCACAUGACUUACUUGAUAAGUUGAAAAUGAAAGAUUCUGAUAUCAAGAAUCUAAUUGAUAAACAGAACUUAGAAAUGGCCGACAAAAUCAGGGAACUGCAGAAGUUACGCUUGGAAAUCAGCCGCAAAGAUUAUGAAAUUCAGACUUUAGAAGCUAAUUCUGCACUUAUUGAAAAGAUGCAAGAGACAGAAUUGAAAAAGUUGCGUUCUUCACUGGAAGAUAGAGAUAAAACAAUAAAGACGUUGGUGGAUAGCUGUCAGCAGAAAGAGUCUCUCAUCCGUCAACUUCAGGAAUCCAAUUCACAAGAAGCUGCCAAACAACAAACAAUGUCUAUAGAAUUCCAGUAUAUACAGGAUGAACUCCGGAAGUACCAAGACAAUGAUUCUGUUCCUGAAGUUAAUGAGAAAUUACAGAACCUUGAGGAACAACUUAAAAAGGCUAAAGAGGAACUCUUUACUGCAUGGAACUUUGAACAUAAGGCUCGAAUGGAUGCUGAAAAGAUGCAGGGGCGUAUGAUGGAACUUGAACGAGAAAAUCAAGCAUUGCUGGAACUGCGGAAAGAAUAUGUUCACAUGAGAGAUCGUGCAUCUGAAGCUAGUUCACCUUGUCGCAGCAGUGUCAAAGAAUCUGAUCAGAAGAUGUGGGAAUUAAUGCAGCAGCAGCUAGAAGAAAUGAAAGCAUUAAGAGAUUCAUUAUUAACAGAACAAAAUAUCUGGGUUUCUCUACGCAAAAGUGCCUUUGAAGAGCCAAGCCAUGUUGAGAGAGAAUUGUUAGCUCUACAGAAUUUAAGGCAACAGUUAGAGCAAGGAAUUGACCAAAAUAAUAAACUACGCUCAAACAUGUUUAGACAACUCAAAGCUGACUUGGAUUCUCAUCACCGAUCCAGCCAGUCUCUUGACCAUUCAAGUAAUGGUGUGCCAGUAAUGCCUUUGUCCAUAGCCCAAGAUGUGAGUCCAACUGAAACCUAUGGUAGUGGCAGUGAGGAAAUAGCUAACUUGCAUGGUCAAACUACAAAACCUCUAUCAAAAUUGGGUGCAAGUUUACCUAAACCUAUUCUGAGUGGUAAUAAAUCACAUUUCAAGGUGUCUGGCACUCGAUCAACCUCUUGUAGCACUCCAGCAACAAGCCAUAGUCUUCAGCAAUUUAUAUUAGAUGAACAGUCAUGUUCAGGCAAUCCAUCCAUUUCUCUAUCUUAUCCGGAACAAAAGCCAUUGUCCCAGCAGAACAACAGUUUUACAAAAUCCUCACUGCAGCAGGAACAUUUCCAGUUACAACUAGAUGUCUUACAAACACUUCUUGAUAAGAAGAAUAAAGAAAAUGAACUACUUCGUACAAAACUAGGACUGGUAGAUCAUGGAGAAAUUGACCCCAAACAUGUUCCUGAUGUAAACCAACUUAAAAAAGAAGUAGUUGAUUUGAAAAUGGAAUUAAACAAAGCCAGCAACACUAUUUCUAUUUUAAAACAACAAAUUUCCAUGAGUAGUCAAGAUGAUACUUCAGAGCCACCUUUUAAACCAGAGUUGAUAAUCCACAUGGCUAAAGAAAUUCGCAAACUCCGAGAAGAUCGAAAAUACUGUCGAUGUAUGAAAACUGGUUAUGUUGCUGGAGGUAGCCCUUCAUUAUCCUUUGACAAAGAAAACUCUGCACAUCAUAGGCGUUCAAGAAGUAAGAAGGAACGAAACACAAGCAUUUUAAAAAGUCAGUCUUACCAAGAAUUGGAUGAAACGCUUGAUUCAGAAACUCAAGUUUUGCAAUUAAAAGAUAAAAUAAAAGAAAUGGAUGCUGUGAUUAAUCUGCAAAAUAAUGAGGUUGAAUGGUACAAAAAAGCUCUUGAGAAAACUGGGAAAUCUCCUCGAAAUUCUUCAGAAAAAAGUAUAUAUUCAAAGUCACCCUUUUCCAAAGAUUGUCCUCCAUGUAAGAUAACUGGUGGUGGUCAGAUUAAAACAAUUAAUGACACUCAGUUGGAUUUUCAUUGUAAACAACCUGCAUGUACAGAGAGUGUACAUAGACUAAAGAGCCAAGUGGCUGAACUAAAUGAUCAGAUUCAGCGAGACCUUGAGAUAAUCAACUCUUUGCAGUCAGAACUUGCUGUUCAUAAGAAUGAACAACGGCUGUCUGGUGUUGGUAAGGAGUGUUUAUCAGGUUAUUUGACUGAUCUUAAUGCCAGCCAACCUCCUCCACAAUCUUCUCCACGAAAGAGCAAAACUUUACUUCUGUCUGCUAAUAAUGAUUCUGCAAUAUCUAGUAAACUCUUAAAAAGCCCACAACAAUCAAUGAUGACUUCAGCUAACUGCACAAUCUCAGAAGUGGUAAUACUGCUGAAGCAUCUGUCUGAGAGCUACAAUGUCAGCAAGCAACUUGCAUUGUAUUUGUCAGAUAUUGAGAAACUGAUUGAAGACUGUGUCCAUGAUAUUUCUCAUCAGCUGAAACUAAAGAAGAAAUUAAAUAAAUUGUUUGCUGUUUCACAGCGUCUUCAGUCUCUCUUACAAGGCCCCUAUGGAGUAAACAAAAAUGGCAAUUCUAACAAUAAUGCCUUAGCAGAUGAUGCUUUGUCACCAGAAAACCAACUAUUUGAUCGAGGAUUUGCUGAUGACAGCGUUGAUAAAUACCAACAAACUACAUUAAGUAUGGACCAAAAUACGUUGGAUACUUUGAGUGAAAAUGCCUUGAAGUCCAUGCGCAUACUAACAGAGGCUGCAACCAUGGCAACAGAUGGAACACUGCUUGGUCAUGACAACCCCGAUUUGGAUAAACCUGUAUCUAAACUUAUGUCUAUGAACUCUACUGAUAAUACCAAGAUGCAGCUGCCAGAGCAGAACUGUGUCAGUUCUAAACCUUUGACUGAUAUGUACAGUAAUGGUUUAGAGCAAUAUCAGAAUGAACACUCAACAGUAGAUGCUUGCAUUCCAAAUAAACACAGUCUUUCAGGAAUAGUAGGAGCUGAUAACCCUGGCUCUCUAAAUGAAUUUUACCGGAACUCUGGUCAAUUGAAAUGGUCUCAAGAUAAGACUGAUUCUUAUCUCUCCUCCCAUUACCACUCCAAAAGUUCUGAGCCAGGCCAAGUUGAAAGCUUGGAUAGUCAGCACUUCUCCAAACAGACUAAUAAUUCUCCAUCAAAGACUAAUCAUUUGGAGGCCAAUCAGUCAUAUAAUGGCAGUCUUCCAAAAUAUCCCCAGAGUCGGUUGUCUGUUAGCAACGAAAGUCCUUUUUACACAAAAAGUCUUCCUUCAUCUCCUUCCAAUGCAAUCUCUUCCAAAGAUGUUAUCCGUUCUCAUUUGAUGGUGUCACAGGAUUUAAGUAACACCUUACAGCAUGAAAUAAGUGUUUACAACUUUUUGGAAACAUCUACAGCAAACUCCUUGAACAUGUCUUCAAACCAAAGCCUCAAUGUCAGCCAGUUGGAAUCUUUCCACAAGUAUCUCAUGGAGCUGCGAGCCCAGAGAAUCAAACUUGAAGGAACUGUUGAUCGGAAUGAACGACUGCAAGAAAAAUUGGUUAGUUUACUUAACCACGACAGAAUAAAAGGAUCUCCAACAAGUGUAGCUAAAGAUAUUGCCCAAUUAGAGGAACAAAAACGCCAACUAACUUAUUUACAAGAUGUCCUCAGUGAUCAGCAGACUGAACUGGACCAAAGGCACAAUCGAAUUGAACAGCUGUCUCAGGACUUAGAAGACAAGACAACACAGUUGGAGGAAAAAAAUAAUCUUCUUCAACAAAAGGAUACUCAGAUUGACCAACUAAAAGAGCAAUUAAAAGAGGCUCGAUCGCAGAUACAAACAUUGGAAUUAGAACUGCAAGACCUUAGGGAACAACUGUCUGAGAAUAAAAAUUUAAAUUCUACACUCAAGUUAGAACUGGAUAUGUAUGAGCAACUAGAAGUGAAAACUAAAGGCAAAUCCAAGAAGUUUGACAUUCGCGAGUUCCUUGCUGAGUUACGAAAUCUCCGUAAAUCAAUGGAACGCUGUAUCAACACCAACAAUAUCCUACGUCGAAAGCUGGAAGAAUUGCUUGUAUCAAACAAUAUCUCCUGCUUGUCGACCACCAAUACUUCCCUGAAUCUCAGUAUGGUCAACUCUUGUCAGCUUGAGAGCAAGAGUAACAAGAGCAAUUUCACCAUCAGUGAGCCAAAGAAGACAAGUAAUCUGUCAUCUGGUGUUCAAACCCAGUUAGAACUAGGAAGAUUACAGCCAUCAGAUGAUGAACAGCAAGUGGAUUCAGCCCAUGGGAGUGGAGACAGUGAGUUGGCAUCCAGCUAUGGCAACAAUACUUCUGAAUUGUUGAAGCAGACAAUUGAUAUUAUUGACUCUUCAUCAUCCCCUCCAGUAGCCCAGCACUCUAACCAAUCAUUAUCUCGUAAUCUGUUUGGCUCCCAGUUAACUAAUGCUAUGAAUGAUGACGUUGCCAAUAGUUUAAAACCCUUACAAAUGGACAGUUGUGAUGAGGCUGGUAGUACAAACUCUAGUCUACCCAAUGGACAAUCAAAUGGUUCUGAUAACUUGCAGAAAGAGUUAGAAAAUGACCCAUCAAACAAUGACAGCAAGGAUGUCAAGUGGACAGAAGAUGUGUUGCAUAAAAGUAGUUUGGCCUAUACUUGGCCAGCAUCUCUCUCCUUAGCUAAGGAUCAUAUCACAUACUGGUCAUUUGACCCACCUGGCAGUCCUGCAAAUUCACCAGUGCGUAUUAGCUCAGAUCUUCGUUCCUUAUUUGCUAUUGGUAAACUGGAUGACUAUGAGCUAUUGCGUAAAGAAAAUGGUGAGAUGUCAUGUGUAGUUCGUAACUUACAAGCCCGAUUGCAUGACCGUAUCAAGGUUCACAAAUCUCAUGCAACUACUGAGGUAUGUACAUUUUCUCAGAUCUUUCAUAAUUCACUGUGGGACUCCAUUGUCAAUGUGUAGGGGAUAGAAAUUGUUUUAAAAUUUUUCUAGGUUCCUUGUCUCAAGAAAGGGAUGGAAAUUGUCUCAAACUAUCAAGUCAUUAGGUAUCGUGUUAUGACUGAAUGGAACAUUUAAUUUUGCAUUGUCUCAGUUUGGUUACCUAUAUAGGAAUUGGUACCUAAUGUUACUGAAAGUGUUACUUAUAAGAGACUUGUGUCUGACACAAUAGAAGCCAGAGACAAGCACCAGCUCUAUGGACAUUUGUAGUUCGUAGCUAUUAUCCUUUUAUUUGUACUAUCACAUCGCCCAAGACUAGGGCUUUGGACUCGUUUCUGUUGCAUUCCUGGUGAAUAUGUCCUGUUAAUUUUCCUCUUGACCUUUCUUAAUUUUUCAUCUCAUUAUGUCAUAUAUGAGAUACUACUGUAUUUUUAAAUGUAUUUUCUUUGAAUUUCUCUUUUAAAUGUAAACAAACCAACAUUAACCUUGUUUUCUUUCCAUUUCUUUUCCAUUCCUUCAUUACCACCACAGCUAUACAAGAAUGCAGAGUACAGUAUUUUACGUGAAUUAUCACUUCUGGUUAAUAAUUUGAAUGUCUGCUUGAAUGAAGAAAGUCGUCUUAUUGGCAAUUUCUGGUUAUCACAACUUCCAGCUCGUUACAAGAAAGGGCAGAUGUCCAAAUUAUUGCAAAACAAGAAGAAUGAAGUCUUAAUGACAGAAAUAAGUGAAAUCCAGAACAGAUAUCUUAAUUUUCCAGAGAAAGUACGAACUGCGGCGGAGAAUGGUCCAACACAUGUUGAAGAUGAUCUACUGUGGCAUAUUAAAGAGACAGAGAAUAUCUUCAAGACCAAUACAGAAACAAGAAUUGAGCAGAUGCCCACAACAUCGCAGCUGUCUUAGGAUUGAUAUCUGAACUGUUGUUAUAACUAUUAUCAUUAUUAUUAUUAUUAUUAUUAUUAUUAUUAAUAUUAUUAUUUUCAUUACUACAAUUGGAGAGUUAGAUGAAUGGAAACUGAGUGAAAUGAAUGAGACUUGAACUGCUUGAACGAAUGUGAAGGUAGUGUGAAUGUUAACAUGAACAACAUUCCAAUGCAGUGUCUUGUUGUCCCAACCCCAAUCAACCCACACCAUCCCACCUUCCUUACCAUCCACUAAAGACUUCUAUAUCAUAAUAUGAUUGGUUGUGUGAGUCAGAGAUGACCAAUAAUUGCCACCAUCUCUACUGUUGCCAACACAUUUGAAAAUACACAAGCCAGUGGAUAUGAAAUGAAAAAAUCUUUUGUGUCUCACUCUUGUUAACAAAAGACAUCAUUUCUGUAGUUGGCCAUUUACUGUGUUCUUAUUACAGUGAUGCUGAUGUAGUUGGAAAAUAAAUGCCCAUGAAAAAAGAGGUGCAGUGUUAAUGUCAGCAUUGAGGGAAAAAUCAUAAUACUGAUGAUAAUAAUAAUAAUGAUGAUAUUCUAAUAAUUGUUAUUGCUUUUAUUACAUAUAUUUUACUUUUUUGAUUUUUUUUCAAUGUUUACAAGUUUUGUGUUUAUUUUAUAUAUAUGUAUAUAUAUAUGGAUACAAACACACAUGUGCACAUAUAUAUAUAUAUA